GCAACUAGACUUGAGGUUCUUUUGUCUUUCAAAGUGAGUCAAUCCCAUGACUCAGGCGCAAUUAAUUCGCGUCGAGAAUCGAUCACCACUUCACCAUCGCGAAUCUGGGUCAUACGUGCCGGAUUCCCGAUGAGAUAAACGACAAUCAACGACUACAUAAACCACAAAGACAAACCUCAAUCAUCUUUUUCUUUCUAUCAAUCAUCGUCAUCAUGGACAUCUCAAGCGUGACCAAGGCGUUCCAAUCGGAACGUCUUAUCUACCGCUCCCCUGAAGACAAUGACAAAGACAAAGAAUUCUUCUUCAAGCAUAUUGAGAACGACCCCGUUGCAAAAGCCCUCGCAGAUCCCUCCAUUCUUCGUCCCAAGAACAAAAAAGGCGUUGAAGACUUCCUGACAGAGUUCCAAAAGUCCGUUCUGGCGGUUGUCCUGUGUCUUUCUCCCGAAGAAGCCAAACAACAGAACAUUGAAAGCUCAGAACCAGUCCCCAUCGGCUUCAUAUGUAUCGGCUGGGGCGGCACUCCCAAGAAUCGCGAACAGCAUCGGGGUACUCAUAUUGGUAUUGUCAUCGCGGACGCGUUUAGGAACAAGGGAUAUGGAGGGGAGAGCAUCAAUUGGGCGCUGGAUUGGGCUUUUAGGUUUGGUGGCUAUCAUCGUGUUGGCAUUGGCACUUUUGGGUUCAACGAGCGGGGGCAGCAUCUGUAUAACAAGUUGGGAUUUGUGGAGGAGGGGAGGAGUAGAGAGGCGAUUUGGUUUGAUAGGCAAUGGUGGGAUAUGAUUGAGUAUGGAAUGCUGGAGCACGAAUGGGAAGCCUUGAGGGCGAAGUCAAAGCUUGAUCAUUAGUGGAUAUCUAUAGAGUUGAUGCAGAAGGUUAGAGAGAGAUACAAUAACUCGCAAUUGUAAUUUAACAGCCAGUCGCGGCCAAUAUUCUUGAUUAGUCACUAUUUACACUCUGAGGGUUAUUUUACAGAGGCCAAUGAGAGCAUGCAUAAACCGUUA